AUGAAAGAUCUUGGUCAUCUCAGCUACUUCUUAGGUCUUGAAGUCACUCAUUCCACAGAUGGUAUUUACAUUUCUCAGACCAAGUAUGCAUCUGAACUCUUGUCUCGAGCUAUAAUCACUGAUAGCAAGACUGUUGACACUCCAGUUGAACUUAAUGCGCAUCUGACUCCCUCAGGGGGGAAACCAUUGGUGAGCCAGUAUUUGUUUGCUCCACAUUCGGCUCACUAUGCUACUAUUCUGCGCAUUCUUCGAUAUCUGAAGGGCACUCUCUUUCAUGGCCUUUUCUACUCUGCUCAGUCUCCGCUUGUUCUCUGUGCAUUCUCUAAUGCUGAUUGGGCAGGAGAUCCCACUGAUCGCAGGUCCACCACUGGUUAUUGUUUUUUUCUUGGCACUUCUCUGAUUUCUUGGCGAAGUAAGAAACAAACCCUUGUGGCUUGCUCUAGUACUGAAGCAGAAUAUCUUGCACUUGCUGAUACCACAUUUGAGCUCCAUUGUCUAUGA